AUUUUCGCUUUCAAAUAGCGCAAGGUUUGACGUUCGCGAGAAAUGGAGGCGACAAAUGAUCUGAGGUCACCUUACGACAAAGCAAAUAUUUUCUCCAAAAUGUUUUUUGUUUGGCUCAACCCUUUAUUCGCGCACUCACAUCCAAAAACUUUAACAAGUGACGAUGUUUAUGUGUGCCCUGAAAGUGAAAAAGCAGAUUGGAAUACCGAAAAAUUAGCACGGUAGGACUUAUUUGAGCCGGUGGGAAAUAGAUGAUUUUAACAGAGAGUGGGAUUUAGAGAACAAAAAGAAAAAUCCGAAACUGUUAUUGUCGGUGUUUAAGGCAUUUAAAAAAGAGUUGUUUAUUUCAGGUUUAUUUAUGAUAUCUAAAGUUUGUAUUUUUAGUAGUUUGCAUCAAUCCUCUUUUAGCUAGCUUGUAAUAUUUCCAAAUCAAUAAUUCUGCGGCAAGUUUUGCUGGGGUUCAAUGAUAUCGAAGACCGUCAGAAUAUGAUCAGAGCCAUUAUCUUUAGCUUCGCAUUUAUUUUGAACACCAUUGUGACGAUUAUAGUUGUAAAUAUUAGCUACUGGAUUUUAUACCGUCUAGGUACACGUGUGCGAAUUGCAGCGUGUGGUUUGAUUUUCAAAAAGGUACUUCGGCUUAACCAGAAAGCACUGGGAUGUUCAACAACUGGUCAGAUAAUCAAUUUGUUGUCUGUAGAUGCUCAGUGUUUUGAUAACACAUUUUUAUUCGUACAUUAUUUGUGGAUUGGACCAGUUGAGACGCUCAUAACUUUUGGCUUAAUGAGCCAAAUAACUCUUGUCCCAAGUUUAAUUACGGUGGGAGUUAUUCUCAUGUUUAUUCCUGUUCAGUUUGCUUUUAAUCGGGCAUAUGGAAAGUCAAGAUUCAAAGCUGCUGACGUAACUGAUCAACGUAUUCGCAUUCUUUCAGACAUUAUAGCAGGUAUACGUGUUAUAAAAUUCCAUGUAUGGGAAAAUGUAUUUACGAAAUUAGUUCAUAGUUUGAGGAGUAAAGAAAUUAAACUUUUUAUGAAUGGUCGGUGUUUUCAAGCAUUCCGGCUGAGUCAACUAAUUUAUCAAAUAAAGUUUACAGUGAUGGUUCUAGUAGUGGGUAUUUUACUCUUGCAUAAAGGAGCAGAUGAUCCAGAAGCUCUCAAAAGUUAUCAGCUGUUUACUUUGAUGAAUUUAAUCACAUCGCUUUUUAUUUCAGUGAUAUUAUCCAUGCCACAAGCAAUCGAACAAAUAAAUAUAGCGCAUAUUGUUGACAAGCGUAUAUCUCGAUUCCUUUUGUUACCUGAAGUAGGAAAUGAUCAUUACCCUGAAGUAAAUAAUUCAAAUGAACAAGUUGUAGAGCUGACAAAUGUCUGUUCACAAUGGCAAAAUAAUCUAAAGCAAAUUACAUUGAACAGUAUUAAUUUUAAGGCUUGUGGUCGUGAGUUGAUUGGUAUCAUUGGUUCUGUAGGUAGUGGAAAGUCUUCUCUCUUACAAACUAUUUUGGGAGAGCUGCCAUUCUCUAGUGGAAACAUCUACAGGUCACCUAGUGUAGCUUAUCUUCCACAAGCCGCCUGGAUAUUCCCUGGAACAAUACGUCAAAACAUCCUUUGUAAUCUUCCUUUUGAGUCUGACCGGUAUGCAUUUGUACUGAAGGCAACUAGUUUAGAUGUCGACUUGUUGAGAUUUCCCGAAGGAGACAAAACAUAUGUUGGAGAACGAGGUUCUGGUUUAAGUGGUGGUCAGAAGGCGCGCAUAGCUUUGGCACGGACAGCAUAUUCUCGUCAGGAAGUCUUACUUUUAGAUGACCCGCUCGCGGCGGUUGAUGCUCGUGUAUCAAAUCACCUGUUUCAGAAAUGCAUAUGCGGUUUUUUGUCAGAUAGACUUCGUUUUCUUGUUACUCAUCAACACCAGCUUCUACCUUAUAUGGACAGAAUCCUAAUUCUGAAAGAGGGAGAAAUUACAUUUUUUGGGACGUAUUCAGAGCUGCAAACAAUGAAGUUACAAGCAGAUGGUUCUUUUUAUAAUUCUUUUGAUCAUUCAAACGAUUAUGGGAUAUUGCGACUCUCAGACGGUGACAACAAUGAAAAGGAAACCAACAUUAUAUUUAAUGGACUCCGUAGACAAUUAUCAGAGACUUUUGCGAGUUUUAGAUCUGACAAGCGGAGCAGUUAUUAUUCGACUUUACAGUCCCCAAGACAGUUGGAAGACUUGGUAACAGAUGGAAUGAUAUUUUCAUCGUUUUCUUUAGUUCGUGAACAUUGUAUAGAUGAUUAUUCAUUUGUAAAUGAAAAAUCCAUCCAAGGGUCUUUGAUACUGUCUAAUGAGAAGAAUAGUAGUAUCAGAACAAUAACUACCACAGGGUCUUACGAAUCUAUACAAACAAUCAAGUCAAGCGUGUUUGAUAUUUAUGUUGUUGGUGAAGCAGAACGAAAUAACAAAACAAUUGAUAAUGGGAAUAUUCCAGAACAUCAUCUAAGUAAAGAACCUAUUCCAGGUGAAAAUCUUAGACAUGGAAAGGUUGGAUGGAAAUAUUACUUAGUUUUUGGUCGAAUAACUGGAAGUUUUCGCUACUUGAUAAUUACUCUUUUGAUGUUUGUUUUUACAACUGUUGUUUAUGCAACAUUCGAUUUAUGGAUAGCAAGAUGGAUUCGUAUUGUGGAUAAUCGUAACAAAACGAACAGCCCACUUGCUAAUGACUCAUCACAUGUUAUAGGAACGUGGAACUGGGAUGAUAAUUAUGUAAAUAUGUACAUAAUUAUAAUCCUUACCAUACUGCUAGUGUUUUUUAGUACAGCACGUACGCUGCUAUUUUUCAAACAAAUGACUUGUGUGGCGGAACGUUUGCACGAAUUAAUGGUCAAAGCCUGUCUUUCAACUAGAAUACUGUUUUUCGAAUCAAAUUUAUCAGGUAAAAUAUUAAACAGAUUUUCCAAAGACAUUGGAAUUAUAGAUGAUCUGCUGCCAACAAACACAUUCGAGUUUUUACAUUGUUUAUCCCUUGUAGUGACUUUUUGUGCUGUUACAGUGAUUUCUAGUUACUGGGCAAUUUUCCCAGCUAUAAUUCUUUCUAUUUUGUUUUGGGUAAUUCGUGGAAGAUAUAUGUGUUUAUCCAGAGAGUUGAGGAGACUUGAAGCAGUUGCACGUACUCCAGUACUUUCUUGGAUAAAUAUUACUUUACAAGGUUUACCGUGUAUAAGAGCCUCUGGAGAUCAGUCAUUCCAUUUAAAUAAAUUUUAUGAUGUAGUAAACAGUCAUACGGAUGUCUUCUAUAUGAAUUUAGCUGCAGCACUUUGGUUUGGUAUACGUUUGGAUCUUUCAUGUGUAAUAUUUAUUACUUGUGUUUCGGCUAUAUGCUUAAUAUUAGGAAUAUAUUCAGAAAUACCAGGAGCUAAUGUAGGUUUGAUGUUCACUUAUUCCAGUAGCUUGAUAGGAUUGUUCCAGUGGUGUGUACGACAGAGUACUGAAGUUGAAAAUCAAAUGGUAUCUGUAGAACGUGCUAUUGAAUAUGUAGAAUUGGAACCGGAAACAACUGACGCACAAGAAACACUACAGCCAGAUUCUGAUUGGCCAUCACGAGGCCAUAUUCAAUUUAAAGACUUUGGUCUGCGUUAUGCUUCAUCCGAUACAUGGGCGUUGAAAAAUAUAAAUUUGGACAUAAGACCUGGAUGUAAGGUGGGUAUAGUGGGACGAACUGGUGCUGGAAAAAGUUCCAUAAUUUCUGCUCUAUUUCGACUUGUUGAAGGCGAGCAAGGAUGUAUACUAAUAGAUGGAGUGGAUAUCAAACGUUUACAACUGGAUUACCUGCGAAAAAGGAUAGCAGUAAUUUCUCAAGAUCCAAUCAUGUUCACUGGAACGGUUCGAAUGAACAUGGACCCUUUAGGUGAGAAAACAGAUGAAGCAAUUUGGAAGGCCUUGGAAAGUAUACAGCUGGACAAGACAGUUAAAAAUCUCGGUAAUGGGUUAGAUUCACUAAUCAAUGAAGGCGGUUCUAACUUAAGUAUUGGACAGAGACAAUUGUUUGCAUUAUCUCGGGCAAUUCUAAGUGGAAGCCGCAUAUUGGUGGUAGAUGAAGCAACAUCCAACGUUGAUCCCAGUACUGAUUUCAUCAUUCAGAAAACUCUCAGGAGCAUUUUCAAAGACGUUACAGUUUUAACUGUUGCACAUAGGCUACAUACUGUCAUAGAUAAUGAAAUUGUAGUGGUUAUGGAGAGUGGCGAAGUAAUAGAAUCCGGUCAUCCGCAUGUGCUUCUUAAUCCGGAUCUCGCUGAGACUGAUAAAAAGAAUUACAACGUGGAUGAAAAUCACUUAUCAACUACUGAUGAUAUUCAAAUAAGUGGUAAUGGUCCACUAGCAAAAUUAGUAAAGCAAUAUGGGGAUAAUGAGUCCAGAAAUUUAGCUCAGAUAGCACGAAAAUCAUUUAUCGAGAUGCUGGGAAAUGAAGACGCUAUUCUUUAAUUACCUUACCUCCUUUGUAACUGUACAAAUCAAUUUCAUAACGCUAUGUUUUACAUUGUGAUUAUUUUCCUGUGAUUUGAUAAUAAACGAGCGAAGUUUGAGGCCUUAA